CACGGUCCGUCCAGUGUUCUAUCGAGUGUCCCACCGGAGUGGUGCUAAAUUUAUCACUAACAGGAUAUUCGAAAAUAGCUCCCUGUUUUCUGUAGUUUUGUCCAUGUUUGGUGAGUUGUAUUUUGUGGUUGGGUUGUGAAGGCUACCUGGGUAUUGUCGUAAAGAAUGAGCGUUGAUGGGAAUUAGUCAGACAGAAGCAAUAAGAAUUCAACAUCAAUGACUGACUAAACAUUGAACACACUACCCAUCCCGUUUAUACUCUUCAUCAGCCAUGGAAAAGAAAGAGAAGGCACGAAGAGUGGAAGACUUAGAUGUGCAGGGAGUAGUGGGAGUACUAGAGAGAUGGGAAAUGGGAGAUUUUGUGGAGUUUGUGAGGGAGAAGCAAGUGAAUGGAAGAAAACUGUUGGGAACCACUGAAGGUAUUGUGAAGUUGUGGAGGCCGCGAGCCAACGCUAAGAAAUUCAUAGAAUUUAUCGCAGAACUCAAAACUGAGCCUGAGAAAUAUUUAGACAAUGUAAAAGAGCAACUUGAAACAAAACCUGAAGUUGAUGUACAAGCUCAAUAUCAAACGGUAAAAGCAAAACGAAUUAGAGAACAGUUGGCAUCAACAUCACUUAGCGUUGAAGACAUUUUGAAGAAAAUUGUGCCUGCUAAGAGUUUCUUGUACAGAAACCAACCCACAAACACAGACAAGCCUGUGACGUCAUACCUCCCUAUGGAUUCCGGCAGACCAAAGAAAUCAAAGCGGUUCUUCCGCCUAAGUUCAUACGAGUAUCCACACUUUGACAUCAAGCAGCUAAGAUUCUCAAGAACUGAAAAUUUCAACGAUCGAGGAUACUACUCAGUCAAAACCAACAGCCAAUACUACAUUCAAAAAACUGCUAAAAAACCAGAAUCUAGAAAGUAUAAAUCGUUAACAACUGCUGAGGAAUUGGAAAAAUGCCCUGAAGAUCAUUUCUAUGAAGACUUGAAUUAUAAUGAAGUCGCUAAAGAAGACAAUGACAUUAGAGAAAUAAAACCAGCUCAAGGGAAUACGAUGCCUGGCUUAGUGAAAAUUCAAGAACUCUUUCAUUCUUUUAAGCUUCCAUUCUUUAAGAAAACUGAAGAAAAAGAAGGAGCAACAAGUCUAGAUACUGCACCCACAAAGAGUGAAAAAGACGUACAUAUUUAUGAGAAUAGUGAUAGUGCAGCCAGCAUGUACGAUUCUAUUCAUAUUAAUUCACAAGACGAAGAACAUAAUGGAGCGAAACAGUCGGGCUUGCCUGUAGAAGAUUACCUGGAGCCAGUGCAGCUGACGAAAGACUACUGCGACGUGGCGCUGCGGCCGCGGGACGACUCCAUCCUCGGGUAUAUCCUCAGUCUGUUCGAGAGCUUCGGUAUAAGGCGCGAAACAAAUGACUCGAGUCCGGAAGCGUGCGCGGACGCCGACAACGCCCGGAGGUUGCCGAGCGAGCCCGAAGACGAGCCGAGGAAGAAAUCCAACAUGGCCGACCGCCCGCUGCCGGUGCCCGUGGAAAAUGAGCCCUAUUUCAUGAACAUAGACCGCACUGAGGCUGAAAACCUGCUUAGGGGACAUCCUGAUGGCACUUUUGUGCUGAGACCUUCGAGUCAGCCAAACCACGCAUACACGCUGACAGUAUCGUGCGCAAACGCAGUGCAUAACGUGGGCGUGCGCCGGCGGCCGGACGGUCGGCUCGCGCUUGGCUUCGCACGGAAGGGGGAGCGGAGCUUCACGAGUGUGACGUCACUGCUACGUCAUCACCGCAAGAGAAGACUAUUGCUGGUAGCGGGGGGGGAUGUUUGUGGGGCGACGACCCUGAACGAGACGCCACAGUAUUAUCAGACACCUAGUAAUUUGCCUCUCCCCCUAUCUCGAAAACAGUAAGAAAGGAUUCCAUUACCGACGAAAAGAUACACGGAAUUUAGUCUGGUAUAAGAUCGUGGUGUGGUAGUGCUGGAAAGAGUUGGAGAAAAGAGAACCAUAUUGAAGACUAUAGAGAACCGGAGAGGAAAUAUGACUGGCCACCUGAUACGACACGAUUCAUUUAUAACAAACAUGGGUAGAGAUGGGUAUAGAGGGAAAAAUUGAAGGGAAGAGAGGAAGGGGUAGACCUAGGAGAACAUUUAUGAAACAAAUAAAAGAGAAUGUGCAGGUCGUGUCGUAUCGGGAGGUGAAGGUUUUGGCGGGAGGAAGAGAGGAAUGGCGAUUACUCCACCGACAAGAGCGCAGCUCUUUAAUAGAGAGAGAGAGAAGAUCGUGGAAUGCGUGAAGAACUUAACAUAACAAAACACCCAAUCCCAAUGGUGUCAGAGAGACAUCCAUCAGAAGAUGAACUAAGUACCCGCAGCUCACCGAGCUUUUAAUUAAACCAAGGUGAUAAGUUGUGAGGUGAUCCGUACUGCCGCCGUCUAUAAUGGUCGAGCCAACUACUUGGUGCAAGUCCGGUACCAGGUUUGGAACUGGUGCUUCCAUUUCACAGGAUCACAGUGACUGAGACACGUGAAGCAGGAGUUCAUAUCGGUAUCAAUUACAGACCAAAACGGGCUGCAAGAAGCCAGCAGGGACAAAUGGAAUUUCUACAGAAUUGUUUAAUAUCAAUGAAGAAUAAAUAAAGAGUAGAAGGAAGCCAUUUGA